AGACAUAAAUAUAUGCAACUGUUUGACCUUUGUAUGCAUUACUUCACUCACUUGACGAGUAUCGAGGACACAACGUUCACUGUCGAGUCUAUUUCCAGUCGAAUAGCAUACAGUGUUCUCCCUCGCGGUGUUUAAACAAAUCCAUUUUUUUUUGUUCUUGUUCCCCCGCCGCCCCCGUUAGCUUUACACUCGCUUCAGAUAAGUCUUUUGCGAAUCGCGGCAUCGCACUUUCCUCACCUGCGCGGUCUUCACUGUCGCUAUUGAGCCGUUCAAUUUUCGCGCUCUUUCUUUUUUGGUGUUGAAACACAAACUCGCGCUUGUCGUUGGCUACAGACGAGCAGAUGGAAAGGGAAAGUGCCGUUGCCCGCCCAUUUGACAUCGGUCCACUGCGGCCGGUCACGGACAUUCACACAGGCAGGCUGCUGCAUACUCUCCCGCGCGCCGCUGACACCUCGCUGAUGCUCUUUUUCCUGCGCAUUGCUAUAGCUUUAUGGUGUGGGAUGCAAAACAUGGUGCACGGUGCCUUCCAUCGCGACACCCGUUGCCGCUCCCGCUGUGGCAUCCCAAGCAAAAAGAGGUUGAUCACGAAGAAUGUCGGCCGACGUACCCAGCAGGACCUACGCCUCCUCUAUUUACUCUGCCUUAGCGUCGGCUUCCUGCUGACGCAGUACGCGCAGGCCACGCUCGUUGCAUCGUCGAGGAUUAUCUACUGCACCGACGGAGGCGAUGAUGCGAUCAACUGCACCAAGAAAAUGGUGGUGACGUUGACUGUCGAGGCGGGGCAACAGGCGGAUGAGGAGUCGCUCGUCUUUCUCAACUCCGCUGUGGACGAGACCACCUCUACCGGCACGGCGACCAACACGACGACGACGGUCAACUUCGCGCCCAUCGCCAUCACGACAAGCCGGAGUGCGGUGCGCUACCGCUACCCCAUCUUCUACGUCCAAAACUACAACGCAAAACCGUACGAGGCGACUGUGAAGGGGCGACUGCUGAACCAGUGCAACGCGGACUUCGAUUCCGGCACGGCGACGUGCGGGAUCGCCUACGAUGCGUUCAGCAAAGCCAUCCCCUUCUCGCAGGGCUUCUGCUGUGACUGCAGCAUGUGCCAAACCUUGGGCUUCUGCGUGCCCGACGCGCGGGCGAACCAGGCGUGCAACCUCUUUGACGCCUACACCACUGCCUCAUGCCUGCGCUUUGGGCAGCGCUGGUACAGCGGAUACACCAUCGGUUCCUACAUCACGUGGCUCACCCUGAACGUGACGGUCUCGCGCAACAUCACCGCCGACCCGCCCAACGGGAGCAACGGAAUCGUACAGUCAAUGACGCAGCAAACGGUGGUGCUGCAGCUAUCCCCGUCUGUCCUGGGCGACAACGCGGGAGGCGGGUGGGGUGCUUCGGCGCGUCUCGUCGGCAGCUUCGCGCCCACCGACCAGCCGCUGGACCUGACCUCGCGCAUGCUCUUCGCACCGGCGCUCCCGUUAACAGACGAGCGUGUGCGGGCAGGUGCGGCGGAGUGGAUAGUGCUGCCCAACACGUUGGUCACCCUGGAUGGGACUGAGUGCAACAAAGUCGGCGUCUCCUACGAGGCUUUCGCAUCGCAAGGGAACAGGUGCAAUUUGAGGCCCGGCAGCUGCCUCAGCUCCCAACUGGAGGACUACCGCACGUCGGACCUGGCGCGUGUGGCGGCAGGCAAGAAGGCGCAGUACAUGGCCACCGGCUACGGCGACUUCGAUCUGGAGCGGGUGUGGAACACGUCGGCGUCUCCGGCCGAACAGGUCUCGCCGUACAUCUCCUACAUCGCUGCCUCACCGGCAGCGGCGAUGAUCGUCCUCACCGUCGACGCGGACGACCUGGAGUACCACAUUGGUGUGGCUAACGGCAAGAUUCUGUCCGCAGCCCUCAACAACGCAACGCUGGAGGCCGACACAAGGGACGGCGUGCUGUCUGCGGUCAUCCAAAACGUCGCGGCAGUGACGGGGCGUCUCGUCGUGAGUGUGGAGAACUGCACGAAAGGUGUCUUUCCCAUGGCGGCGCAGGUCCUCUCCCUCGGCGCGCAGCAGCAAUUCGCGCUGCGCUUCAACGUGUACAUGCAAGACUAUGCGGUCUCUGCGGACGCCAACUGCUCUGUGGUGGUGCGAAACGCUGAGGAGGUCGUCACGGACACACGCGUGGUCAGCUGGACGGUGGUCGCUCCCGGGUUCAACAACGGAACGCAGGGAGGCACAGCCGGUGGUGGCGGUGGCGGCUCCAAGGAGGAGUCGUCGGCUGUGACGUGUGGCACCUGCGGCACGCUGAACGUUGCCUGCGCCUCGAAGCGCGGCUGCUGGGGACUUGUACUGCUCGACCUUGUGGUGUACCUCAUCAUUGCAGCCGUCAUCUUCUGCGUGUUUUGGUUUCGCCGCAUCGUUUGCUGCUGUUUCUACACAAAACACUGCCAUUGCGGCGAUCACCGGCGCAGGCACGACCGCAGCCGCAGUCGCAGUCGCAGCAGCAGCAGCAACUGCAGCAGAGGUCAUGGUCGCAGUUGUAGCCCAACGCGAGAGGAGAGCAGAGAUGACUACGAAGCAGGCAGACGCAGCCGGUCACACAGAGGGCUGCCGCGGCACCACCGCCAUUGUCAUCUCGACCGAGGCGGUAGUAACACGAACAACAGCAGCCGUAGCAGCCAUCAUCUGCGUGACUUGGCGGUGAUGCCGCAUCCUCCUCCAAUGACGUACGCAAUAGCUCCCUGUUAUCCGGCACCGGCGCUGUAUCAAAACGGUUACCUCGACGCCGCGUCCACCUCCCCCUUCUCUUCCCCUUUGCGUGUGCAGCCUCCCUCUUGGUUGUCGCCGUCCCCUCCUCGCGCACUGCCGCCGGCCUUGAUGCCGCCACCUUACGCGUACAGUGAUGUGGACCCGCCAAGCCGACUUUCGUCUCCCCCCGCCUUUCCACCUGAAUUAUCUGGUGAGUUUACUGCGUUUCCGGCAUCCCCGUCUCGGUCACCUUCAGCGUCCUGUGUGUCAAAUAGACGGGAGCGACUCCACAGUCCUGCGCCCGGGCUUCCUCCUCUCGUGCCGGCCUCUUCCGCCCGCGACGCGCGCAGCGAGUACGACCUCGCGCCAGAAAAUGAGCUGCAAUGGCGGUCGUAUUGUAACAGGAGCAACACUGCACUCGUGUCGGACCCCUCGCGCCCCUCUACGCCGUCGUCCUCUAUGAUCCGUCUCGGGUGUGCUCCGUACUCGUAA